UGCUGUGCCAGAAUCCCACUCAUCCAUUGCUGAGGCUCUGCCUCUCCCAUCUCCUGCCUCCUCCUCCACCACCCCGGAACUCCCCUGUUUGCUGUGCCAGGAUCCCGCUCAUCCAUCCCUGAGGCUCAGCCUCUCCCAUCUCCUGCCUCCUCCUCCUCCACCACCUCAAAACUCCCCUGUCUGCCGUGCCAGGAUCCAGCUCAUCCAUCCCUGAGGCUCAGCCUCUCCCAACUCCUGCUGCUGCUCCCGCCGUGCCGGCAGAGCAGCCAGGGCUGAGGCCGUGCCGGGGCGGAGGCCAUGGCCGAGCGGCUGUCGGAGGAGAAGAUCGCGGAGUUCAGGGAGGCCUUUUCCCUCUUCGACCGCGACGGCGACGGCUCCAUCAGCACGCGGGAACUGGGCACGGUCAUGCGCUCGCUGGGCCAGAACCCCAGCGAGGCCGAGCUGCGAGACAUGGUGGGCGAGGUGGACGCCGACGGCAGCGGCGCUGUCGACUUCGCGGAGUUCCUGUCACUGAUGGCCCGGAGGACGCGGGACACGGACAGUGAGGAGGAGAUCCGGGAGGCCUUCCGGGUGUUCGACAAGGACGGCAACGGCUACAUCAGCGCGGCCGAGCUGCGGCAUGUCAUGACCAACCUGGGCGAGAAGCUGACGGACGAGGAGGUGGACGAGAUGAUCAGGGAGGCCGACUGCAACAACGACGGCCAGGUCAACUACGAGGAGUUCGUGAGGAUGAUGACGGAGAAGUGAACCCCACCCCCCGCCCCCUGGCCCAGCUCCAGCCCUCAGGGAGCAGCAGUUGUGGUGGGUCCCCCAAGCCCUUCCAUCCCCUCCCGCCUUCUCCACGCCAUUCCAGGCUGGAAAAAUCUCCUCCCAUGCCGUUCCAGGCUGGAAAACCCCCUUUGGUCCCAGUUGGAAUGUCGGCAGCGUCUCCGUGGGACACCGGCAUCCCACCUGGCAGGAGGGGGACUGGGAUGCAGCUGGACAUGGGGUCCCCCAGGAGACACCUCGUGUCCAUCGACAUUCCAGAACCCUCUGGAUGUUCCCUGACGUCCCUGAGCCCAAUAAAGGAAUG